AUGGCCUCUGUAAUUGGAGAAGCUAUUGCUGCAAAAGUUUGCGAGACAGCUGUUGACAUGGCAGUUCAACAGUUAUCUAAACAGAUAGGGCUUGUCAUAAACUUCCAGGAGGACUUUGAAUGGUUGAAGGACGAACUUAAAUUCAUGAAGGGCUUUCUCAAAGAUGCCGACCAACAGUGUGUACAAAAAGAGACCGUAAAGCAAUGGCUGCACCAUGUUCGGGACGUGGCCCUGCUCGCAGAGGACAUAUUUGAGCUAUGUACUGUACAACCUCUCUACAGCAGCAGACAUCUAUUUGUUUUGACAGGAAAUCGCUUGGUUUUUCGUUACAAAAUGGCACGAAAAAUCAGUAAGGUCAAAGAUAGAAUCAACUUUCUUAUUGGGAAGGGAAGGCAGUUAAAGAUAAGUCAUGAUGUAUUGAGUGGGGAAGGAGCAUCAGACAGUACAUUCCAAAGAGCAGAUUGGAAGAGAUCAAGUAUUGUUCCAGUUGAUUCACACCCAGUGGGUAUAGAGGCCAAAGUUGAGGACAUCGUGAGCUUGUUAGAGAAGCCAGAGGUCUCUGUUAUAUGUGUUGUUGGAAUGGGCGGAGUGGGCAAGACUUAUCUUCUCCAGCAUGUCUACAGUGUGGUUAAAAACAGUUUUGAGAAAUCCAUCUGGCUUUCCAUUUCUCAAUCAUUUUCUAUUCCCAAGUUGCAACAUGACUUAGCCUGGCAUUUAGGUUUGAGAAAAGAAAUUGUAGAUGGUGAUGUAACAGAGCAGCUUGCAGCCCAGUUAAUUAAUGCCCAUUUGAAGGAAAAUAAGUGUUUAAUAGUUCUGGAUGAUGUGUGGAAACCCAUUAUGGAGGGAAAUCUCAUAGAAAAACUUGGCCUCACAAUUGACAACAACUGCAAAAUUGUGAUUACAACAAGAAACAGAGAAGUUUGCAGAAAUGUAGAGGCAGAAAUUUAUCAGUUGGAGUGUUUGUGUGAAGACGACAGUUGGAAUCUGUUUUGUAUAUAUGGCUUUCCAAAGUGCAAGGAAAACAGACCGCCUGAGCACCUUGUGGAUGUAGCUCGCAAUAUUGUAAAGGAAUGUGGAAACCUGCCUUUGGCCAUCAAGGCAACUGCAGCAUCUCUGGCAAGCACAACACUCAAGAGAGAAUGGGAGCCCAAAUUCAGGCAGCUUCAAAAGGUAUCUACUCUCAAUAAUCCCAUGGAAGUUCUCAAAUUAAGUUAUGACUGCUUGCCUCCACAUCUUAGAGCCUGUUUUGCUUACUUCUCUUUCUUCCCGGGGAAUGAGAACAUAGAGUGUGAGUAUCUGGUCAAUCUCUGGAUGGGCGAAGGAUUCAUUCCGGAGGGAGACGAGCAGUGGGAUGUGGGAUGGAAUUAUUUGUAUGAAAUUGCCAAUCUUUGUUUGGUUGAAAUAUGGGAAGAACCUGAGAAGAAAAUAUUUGGUUUUGGUCAUGAACUCAAAAAAUAUUGCAGAGUUCAUGACUUGUUUCUGGAUUUGGCUGUGUAUGUAUCUAAAGAAAAUAAGUGUGCUUUUGACGUUGAAGAGGCCUUCCAGGAAUUCCCAAAUGGUGGAGAUGGUUGGUGUAGGAUUUUGCUGCCCAAAAAAAGUAUAGGCAAAGAUAUUUUCAAGCGAAAGAGCUUUAAUCCAGCUUCUCCGCGGACAUUAUCAUUGUACCAAAAUUAUAUUGGGACAGACUUUCCUGCAAACUUCUUUCUCAAUAUGAGAGUGCUUAGGGUUCUUGAUUUAAGCAACAAUGACAUCACUAUAUUGCCUCACUGUAUUGGAGAGAUGAAGCUUCUGAAGGUUAUAAAUUUAUCUCGCACAAAAAUUAGAGAGAUGCCAAGGUGUAUUAGAAAACUGAGUCGUCUUCGCUUUCUGGAUAUAUCUUGGUGCCCAAUAAAUGAACUACCAGUAUGGAUAAGUAAACUCAAAUCUCUUCAGCAUAUCAAUGUAUUCAUGACUAGCGAUGUGAAUAUGAUUACUCGAGUGAAGGGAAUAGCAAAGCUCCCAUUUCUGAGGACUCUGAGAUCAGGCUUGUUGCAGCUCUCUAUGGAAAAUGAAGAACUCUUGAAGUUAGAGGAUGUUGGUGGUAUGAUCCAACUGCAAGAAUUAGCAAUACGGGUGGACACAGAAUUGCAAUUCAAGAGCAUACAAAGAGGGAUUUUGGGGCAGUUGGUAAAGAUGCAAAAUCUCACUAUGGUGAAUCACACUUUUCAAAUUUCGCAGAAUGGUACUGAUGGAGGGCCGGAUCUUCCACUUUCUUUUCCACUCUUUCCAGAGGUAUUGAAAACUAUGGCAGAUCUUGAGAAACUGCAACUUGAAAACUUUUCUCUGACAAGUUGUUUAUUCAGCUUUGUAAAUCUUAGGGAUCUCAGGUUACUUCGAUGUCACUGGAGUACUUAUCCACAAUUUGAGAAUAUGCUAAACUUAGUGAGUUUGCAGUUGGAGUAUAAUGGAAGCUGCACAGAGCUGCCCAAGGGAUUUGGAAAUUCGGGGGGUUUUCCAAAGCUUCGGUUCUUGCUGAUCAGAGAUUUCCCUCGACUGGUAGAGUUUCCUGAAUUGGAAAAUGGAGCCAUGCCACACCUUGAGAUUUUUCAGCUUCAACUCUGUUUGAGAGUGAAUAAACUUCCAGAGGGGUUGGAGCGAUUGAAAAUGCUCAAAGAGAUCAAUUACCAGCUCAGUGGGACUCUUGAACUGAGGGAGAGAUUAAAGGAAGGAGGCCAAGAUUGGAAUAAAAUCAAAGCCUGUAAUCCACGGGUGCUCAUCACCCAUAGAAAUUAG